UUCGCCUCGGCGGCAGAGGAGACUCGGGGGCCAUUUUGUGAAGAGACGAAGACUGAGCGGUUGUGUCUGCGUUACCGACCUCGAGCAGCAGUCGGCUUCUGCACGUAGAACUCGGGAGUAGGAGACUCAGAAUCGAAUCUCUUCUCCCUCCUCUCUCCUGGUUACAAAACACUUGAAAUAUAUAAGUUAGUGGAACUUUGCUUGAGUGAGUUUGUUUAGGUCUUAAGAUACAUUUUCGGCUUUGUGAGAAACCUUAUCAUCAAACACAAUGGCCAGCAACGUUACCAACAAGACAGAUCCUCGCUCCAUGAACUCCCGUGUGUUCAUUGGGAAUCUAAACACACUCGUGGUCAAGAAAUCUGAUGUGGAGGCAAUCUUUUCGAAGUAUGGCAAAAUUGUGGGCUGCUCUGUUCAUAAGGGCUUUGCCUUCGUUCAAUAUGUUAAUGAGAGAAAUGCCCGGGCUGCUGUAGCAGGAGAGGAUGGCAGAAUGAUUGCUGGCCAGGUUUUAGAUAUUAACCUGGCUGCAGAGCCAAAAGUGAACCGAGGAAAAGCAGGUGUGAAACGAUCUGCAGCGGAGAUGUACGGGUCAGUAACAGAACACCCUUCUCCGUCCCCUCUACUCAGCUCCUCUUUUGACUUGGACUAUGACUUUCAACGGGAUUAUUAUGAUAGGUAUGUUAAGUGUUUUGUCAUUCUACUGAACAGCUAUUUAGUGAGAAUCAUUUUGUUUUUCUAGUUUGUGGUGAUGAACAUCAAGGAUGUUUUCAAAC